UAAGUGCCCGUGGACAGCGGUUAUUCCUUAAACCCUCUCUAACCCUUAGACCUAUAUUGUCCAUUUUGGUGUUACCAUGAACCGCGUGAAAGCAGUUGCCGCUUCUCUCAGGGUGCUCGAGUCUUCACUCGCUACCAGAGUUCUGGUGACUCGGAAUCAGGUGACUCACUUCUCUCUCAAUCCAUUGCCCCGUUUGGAUUCGCGUCACAAUUUCCAAUUUCCCGUAAGUCACCGCAAACUCUAUUUUUCUACCAAGCCGAGCUCUAUUGUGGACCUUGUUUUGACCAACGAUUGGUCCCAAGCGAUAGAGCUCAGCUUAGAAAAUAGUUGCCCGUCAAUGACCCAUGAAACCGUUAUUUACGUCAUAAAGCGGUUGGAUAAAAACCCAGAAAAAGCUUCGUGCUUUUUCAAUUGGGUCAUUAAUAAAGACUGGUUUAGGUCAAGCUCUUCGGUGUUCAGCUUAAUUGUUAGGAUCUUGGCCACCAAGGAUACUAUGAAACUAUUUUGGAUUACUUUAGGGAUGACGAAGGAAAAGGGGUUUUAUCUCAACGAAGAAACAUAUCUCACAAUUUUUGUUCGCUUUAAAAAGGAAAAGAUGAACAGUGACGCCGUUGCUUUGACCCAAUUUUAUAAUCGGAUGCUAGAGGAGAAUGCAAUGCAGAGUGUUGUCACCAAGGUGGUUGGUAUCAUUUCAGUGUCUGAAUGGGGUGAGGAGGUUAUGGGUGAACUCGCUAAGCUUAAAAUUCUACUGUCGGAUAAUUUUGUACUAAGGGUUUUGAAAGAGCUUCGAAAUACUCCUCUAAAGUCUUACAAGUUCUUUCGUUGGGUUGGGACACAACCGGGGUAUGAGCAUAAUACUGUGACUUACAAUGCAUUUGCAAGUGUUCUCGCGAGGAACGACUCAAUUCAGGAGUUUUGGAGUGUUAUUGAAGAGAUGAAGAGUGUGGGUCAUCAAUUGGAUAUUGAUACUUACAUAAAGAUAUCGAGGCAGCUUCAAAAGAAUAGGAUGAUGGAGGAUGCUGUCAAGCUUUAUGAGCAUAUGAUGGAUGGUUCAUAUAAGCCACUGGUUCAAGAUUGCAUUCUCCUUUUGAAGAGCAUAUCUGCAAGUGAUAAGCCAAAUCUGGAUUUAGUUUUCAGGGUUACUAGGAAAUAUGAGUCGACAGGGCACACUCUCUCCAAGGCUAUCUAUGAUGGAAUCCACAGGUCUUUGACAGGUGCUGGGAAAUUUGAUGAAGCUGAAAAUAUUGUUAGGACUAUGCGAAAUGCUGGUCACGAGCCUGAUAACAUCACCUACAGUCAACUGGUUUUUGGACUUUGCAAGAUGAGGAGGUUUGAAGAAGCAUGUAAGGUGCUGGAGGAGAUGCAGUCUUGUGGAUGCAUCCCUGAUAUUAAGACUUGGACCAUUUUGAUCCAAGGGCAUUGUGAUGCCAUGGAAUUAGACAAAGCCUUACUUUGUUUUUCUAAGAUGAUUGAAAAGGACUGCUAUCCUGAUGCUGAUUUAUUGGAUGUUCUGGUUGACGGUUUUCUUAGUCAAAAGAGAAUAGAAGGUGCGUACAAGUUGCUUAUAGAGAUUAGUAGGAAGUGUCGUAUAUCUCCAUGGCAAGCUACAUAUAAAAAACUGAUUGAAAAGCUAUUGGAAGACAUGAAGUUUGAGGAAGCACUUGAACUUCUUCGUUUGAUGAAGACCCACAACUACCCUCCAUAUCAUCUACCCUUUGUGCCUUAUAUUUCAAAGUUUGGGUCUGUGGAGGAUGCUGAGGCAUUCCUGAAGGCAUUGAGUGUAAAAAGUUACCCAUCCCAUGCUGUUUACGUUCAGGUUUUUGAAUCCUUAUUCGAAGAGGGUAGACUCUCUGAGGCCAAGGAUCUAUUGUACAAGACUCCUCACCAUAUCCGUACACACAUUAAAAUCUCUAAACUUUUCGGUUCAUCUGAAAGGGACACUCAGACUCCUCAGCUGCCUGAUCCCUAGAACUUUUCUCUCAUCCAUCGAAGAGUGUGGAGGCCCCAGAAGAAUUCAAUGAAGGGUCCAUGAAGCAUCCCUUGAAUUUAGCAGAUUUUGCCGCAUGUAUGUUGAAGUGCGAUGUGUCCAAUUUUUGAAGAUUGUAGGAGUUCAUUAGUUGCUAGACGGUGCACAUUGCUGAGUAUCGGUGGUUGUAGUCUCGUUAUAUAUCUAUCUCUUUCGAUGGUAGUCUUGAACUAAUCAAGAAGUUGUACCCUUCUUCCCUAUCACCUUCUCUUAGGACACUCCUUAACCUCGAAUCAAGGUAAUUUAACUCUUACCAAUUUGGUGUUUUUGUCGAGAGUUGUGCCACGGAGAGGGUUAUUUAUAGAUUGAAAAGGUACUAGUCAAAUGCUGAUAGAUGAGUGAAAUUAUAGUGCACUUUGGAUCUUAAAAAGGAUGAUAAUAUUAGCAGUCUCUCAUUGAAUUGAAUAGGAUGAACUAUUUGGCAUGCUACUACUCAAAUAUAGAGAUUCUCUCACCUAAUAUAUUAGUCUUUGGGGAUGGAUUCUUCAUGAAU